AUGUCGGCAUCACUGGCUCCUGAAUGCAAUGAGGUCAAAGAGAAGUACGAUACAUGUUUUUUGAAAUGGUAUAGUGAAAAAUACCUCAGAGGGAACUCCAAAGAUGAAUGUGGCGAUCUGUUCAAAAAGUACAAUGCAUGCUUGACGAAAGCGCUGAAAGAUCGAGGCAUCGACACUAUGCUGGAUGAAGCACAACUGGGAACCAAGGAAAGCGACGCCGAACACUUGAAGCGGUAG